UGCACGCUGCUAGUUAGUUGCAAUGUUGUAGCUAUUAGCACGGUCUUCCUAUGCUGGGAGGGAUACUCUUUGUUUUAGCUAGCCUACAAUCUUGACUCUCAUUCCUCCAAACUUGCCAUCAUCACGUAAUCGCCCGUCAACGUUAGUCGCCUUACAAAACUCUGUCUGGUUUCCUCGGUUUGCUUGUUAACUGGUAAAAGACAAGCGCCAGGUUAGCUCCCCGUUAGCGCUGCGGCUGUCUCGUUCAGUGCUCAAUUGUCGUUAAAACGGUUGACACGAAUUGACCUCCGCUCGGCUGUUAGAUCAUGGCUAUGAGACAAACACCACUCACCUGUUCAGGCCACACCAGACCUGUAGUGGACCUGGCCUUCAGUGGGAUCACCCCUUAUGGAUAUUUCCUCAUCAGUGCCUGUAAAGAUGGCAAGCCCAUGUUACGCCAGGGGGACACAGGGGACUGGAUUGGCACGUUCCUGGGUCACAAAGGCGCUGUCUGGGGUGCUACUCUGAAUACAGAUGCCACCAAGGCAGCCACUGCUGCGGCGGAUUUCACUGCAAAGGUAUGGGACGCUGUGAGUGGAAGCGAGGUCUUGACACUGGCACACAAGCACAUCGUAAAGUCAGUCAACUUCACUCAGGAUAGCAACUGUCUGCUUACCGGGGGAAAUGACAAGGUUUUGCGUAUCUAUGAUCUCAGCACUCCAGAAGCAGCGCCACAGGAGAUCACAGGCCACACCGGGGCCAUAAAGAAAGCCCUUUGGUGUAACGACGACAGUCAGAUCCUCUCUGCUGCCGAGGACAAAACCAUAAGGCUGUGGGACAGAAAUACCACAGAGGUUGUGAAGACACUGUCGUUUGACACGUCGGUGAGCAGCAUGGAAUACAUGGCCGAAGGAGAGAUUCUGGUCAUCACUUAUGGCAGGACCAUUGCUUUCUACAAUGCCCUCAGCCUGGAUCUGAUUAAGACUGUUGAGGCCCCAACAUCUGUCAACUCGGCGUCCCUACAUCCCGAAAAGGACUUCUUUGUGGCUGGUGGGGAUGACUUUAAACUCUACAAAUAUGACUAUAGCACCAAAGAGGAGUUGGAAUCCUACAAAGGCCACUUUGGGCCGGUCCACUGUGUGCGCUUCAGCCCAGACGGAGAGCUCUAUGGCAGCGGCUCCGAGGAUGGUACACUCCGACUGUGGCAGACUGCUGUGGGGAAAACAUAUGGCCUCUGGAAGUGUGUCCUUCCCGAGGACCUGGGUUCAGAGAAUUCUGAGGUGCUGUACAACCCAGCCCCUGAAGUCAAAGCAUGAGGAGAAUCUUCAUGACAUGCCUGGAGAGGAAGAGCGUGAGGAGACAAGAUUUUUUUUAAUCUUUUUUUCUUUUUCGGAGUCCUCAUACCAUCCAACAACUACAUCCCUCCCCAGCAGAAAGAAAAAUUGCUCAUGGCACAGCUUCAUCGAGAAACGAUGUGGAUGUGAUGAUGGGUGUCUCUGUAGUCGACCAGUGCAAAACACGCACACACACGUCUCCCAUGCAGGUUAUGAAGCAGUCACACAGUUUAGGUUAUACACACACACACACACACACACACACACACACACACACACACAGAAGCACUCACAGAGAGUACAUGUUCCACACACAGAUUACAGGUCCAAUAUGUAACGUGCUUGCCGCACACGCACAGACAAACAAGCGCGUGUACACACUGAAGCUUUCAUAUAGGUAGAAGGGGCUCAUACGAACACACAGAAGCACUGAAGCAGUCAUGGACUGGGAAUGGGCAGCAGACACACAGCUAGAUUAAAGCAGUCAUACAGACAGUAUUACCUCUAGAGUAAAGUAGUAGGCCUGUGGAUUGCCAUGUCACAUCGCCAUGUGCUUUUUAUCUGAUCCAGCCCAUUUGUCAGUUAUAUUAAUGCACACACAUACAACGCUAUCCUGAUGACAAUUAGCUCUGUUUAGGUUUCAAAUUAAGGUCCAGAAUGGACCAGAGAAUCUUUUUAUUUGUUUUAUUUUAUGUGAAUACUCGGUUACAAAGAGGAAGAUAGUGAACUUAGUUCAGAAUGGUUUCUUUUUUUGAAGGUAUCACUUGAGCAUUGUUGAUCUCAAUAAAAAUCUCGUUUUGUAACAAACGCAAAGGGAGGGAACGGUUAGAUUUUCCACCCCAUUUUGGUUUUUUAUUUGUUGGGAGUCCAGUAAUGAAACAAAUGAACGCAUUACUGUUUUAUUUAUAUGUAAUGCACAAAAAAAAAACCAUGAGCAUACAUAAAGACAGUGAUUGUAGUAGUUUUUUUUAAAUGCAUCAGUGUUUAGUGUUGCGUUCAUGUGAGUUGUGUGUUAAUGGGGCGGCAGCAGUGAGUUUUUUUAUUUUAGUUAAGUUAUAGGUUGGCUAUUGAGUACUUUAAUAUCCUGCAGAUGACUAUGCGUAUACUGAACAGCUUCAGCCAAUGUGAUUCAAUUAACAUUCAGGUGAGUGUUGUGAGGCUUUGCCUAAAAUCAUAAACUCACUGCAAACUUCUUGGUUUAAUAAAGUUAUGAA